AUGCAUCGCGUUUCGACGGCGCGCUUGCUCAGUAGGGCACUGGGGAUAGGGGAGCGUGCGGCGAGCGUACCCGUCUUUUUGUGCCCUGCCGUCGGUCUACGCAGCUCGCCUGCUCCCCGGAAUCUUGCGAGAUCGAGCCGCCGGUUCAACAGCACGGGAGUUUCUGCAAGGGCGGUUGAGGAUGGGCCGCCGGCGCGGGUAGACCAGCCGGUGAGGCAGCUUCCGGUUACGUGUAGCGGGUGCGGAGCGUUUGCGCAGACCGGUGAUGCGCAGCAGCUGGGGUACUUUGACUUGCAGAGCAGGAGGGUGCGCAAUUGGCUUCGUCCGCGGAGGAGCGAGGGACCGGGCAGCGCGGCGGCGGCCGAGGACAAGAUUGUGGAUGAUGUCUUGAAGGGCUUGGAUGAGGAGCGGCUGGAGGCUUUGGGGUUGCGCGCGGAGAGCAUGAUGGAGGAUGCGAGCGCCAGGGAUUUGGAGAGACUUGUCACGGAAAAACCGCCUGUUUGCGACAGAUGCCACGACUUGAUACACCACAGCACGGCGACCAACACGGCAAAGCUCACCAUGCACCACCCGACGGUCGAAUCGCUGCGGGACACCAUUGAGGAGUCGCCGUACAAGUAUAACCACAUCUACCAUAUUAUCGACGCGGCCGAUUUUCCCAUGUCGCUCGUCCCGCGGCUCAAUGUCUUGCUGGGCGACAUUCCCCUGCGGUCGAGGAAUCGGCGCUCGCGUUCAAGCAAGUUCCACAACGACCGCAAGACGGAGAUGAGCUUCAUCAUCACGAGGGGGGACCUGCUCGGCCCCACCAAGGAGAUUGUGGACUCCAUGAUGCCGUAUCUCCGUGACGUUUUGAGAGACGCCCUGGGCAGACUGGGCGGCCGCGUGCGCCUGGGGAACUUGAAGUGCGUCAGCGCCAAGAGGGGCUGGUGGACAAAGGAUGUGAAGGAGGAUAUUUGGAACAGAGGAGGCGCUGGGUGGAUGGUCGGCAAGGUCAACGUCGGCAAGAGCCAGCUGUUUGAAGCCGUGUAUCCCAAGGGCAGGAUGGGCGACAGCAACAAGAGAGACACGGGCCGGCCGGCACCUACGCAUGCGCAGGCUGCCGACGACGCCGACGGCCAACAGGAAGCCUGGGAGGACCUCAACGUCGGCGAGCUGCUUCCCCCGCCGCAACCCACCCGAAACUACCCUUCCAUGCCGGUCGUUUCCUCGCUCCCCGGCACUACGGCGUCGCCCAUCCGCGUACCGUUUGGAAAUGGCAAAGGCGAACUCGUCGACCUCCCGGGCCUCGCGCGAAGCGACCUCGAGCUGUUUGUCAAGGAACCCCACCGUCAGUCCCUCAUCAUGAAGAAACGCAUCGUCCCCGAACAGGUCGCCGUCAAAUACGGCAAGUCGCUGCUCCUGGGCGGCGGCCUCAUCCGCAUCACGCCUCGCACGCCGGACAUGGUCUUCCUCAUGUACAACUUUACCCCUAUCGACGAGCAUCUCACCAUGACGGAAAAGGCAAUUGCGUUCCAGGAGCAGACGCGCGAGUCUAUCGGCCUCGAAAACAUCACCCUUGCCGGUGUCGGGGGGAGGAUGAAGCACGCGGGGACGUUUAAGCUGUGCCAUGACGUUACCAAGAAGCGCGCCGGGCCGCUGACGCGCAAGAACGCUGUGGGACUCCAGGUUGACCGGUUGCCGUUUCGGGUUGUGUCGGUGGACAUCCUGAUCGAGGGCGUCGGGUAUGUCGAGGUGGUUGCGCAGGUGAGAGCAAGGGAGUUUGAGCGGUGGGAACGCAUGCAGGCGGAUAUUGAGCGGGCCGCGGCUGUGGAGGGCGAGGACGCCGAGUCUGCUGCUGCCGCGCCCGGGGAAGAGCCGUCGUCGCAGGAUCCGUUUAAGGAGAUGAUGAGGAACAGGAGAGAUGUGCUGGGCGAGGAUGGGCCUGCGGUCAAGGCGCAGUCAAGGCUACCCGAGCCGGAUUGGCCUGCGGUGGACGUCUUCUCCCCCGAAGGCAAGUUUGUGGGCUCGAGGAAGCCGAUUAACGGGUGGUUGAAUAACAAGCCGAGGGUUUUGGCGGAGCAUAAGAAGAUGCGGCCGAGGAGGAGCAUGAGGGGGGCCAAGAAGAGGGCCAAGAUGGAGAGGCGCAAGGGCGAGUGA